AUGCCUUCCAACAACGACGGCGCCCUGCCUAGUCCUCCUCGGGCUCCGACCGUCAAAUACUCAGCUCCUCACGGUACUCGUUGGGACAAGGAAAAGGCUGCUGCAGGCGGCGCGCGUGCCUUUGACCUGCCUUCCGAUCCGAAGGUUCUUGGCCCUUGGAUCAUAGGUGAAUGUGUAGGUAAAGGCGCUUCUGGUCGUGUCAAAAUUGCCAAACAUCGCUACACCAAUCAACUCGCUGCAGUCAAGAUCCUUCCUCGCGCACCUUUAGACUCCUCGCGCAACUCAAUUGCAACUCAAGAAGCCAAGUCCAAAAAGCAUAGUCUCGGUAUUGAGCGAGAAAUCACAAUGAUGAAACUCAUGAAUCAUCCCAACAUUCUUCGAAUCUACGACGUCUACGAAGGCCCAAAGGAAUUGUUUCUCGUUCUUGAGUAUGUCGAAGGUGGCGAGCUCUUUGACUAUCUCGUUAACCGAGGGCGAUUACCGGAGCCUGAUGCUAUAUGCUUCUUCAAACAAAUCAUUUAUGGCCUCAACUACGCCCACACUUUCUCCAUCAUUCAUCGCGACCUCAAGCCGGAAAAUAUCCUCAUCUCUUCUCUUUCGCCUCCAAAAAUCAAGAUCGUUGAUUGGGGUAUGGCUGCUUUCGCCCCUCCGACACUUCAACUUGAAACCAGUUGUGGUUCCCCUCAUUAUGCCAGCCCUGAGAUUGUCAAUGGAUUCAAGUAUACUGGGAACGCCACUGAUAUUUGGAGUUGCGGCGUCAUCCUAUAUGCUCUUCUAACUGGUCGUCUUCCGUUUGAUGACAAGGACGUCAAGCUACUUCUAGGAAAAGUUAAGUUGGGGAAGUAUGAUAUGCCGAGCUACAUCGAUCGAAGUGCUCAGGAUUUGUUGUCGAAGAUGCUCGUCAUCAAUGUGGAGGAACGGAUUACUAUACCCGAAAUCCUCGCUCAUCCUUGGCUAAAUACAUCUCCCGCUGCUUUGCGUCAAAUGAGCCUUGCGUCUUCAUUCGAAAAUGAUUCUCCUCUAGAACCCUCAUUUGGGGUCGCCACGCAGAUCUUGCCGCUAUAG